GUUGAUGAUUCCGACAAAAGCAAUUUGAAACUUUGGAAAGUUAUUGGUGUUAAGAGUAAAGAUAUUAAAGAGCAAAAUAUUUUUACCGAAGAAGGCGUACAAAAACUUAAAGGAAAAGAAAUGGAACUUGAUGAACGAUGAACUCUUUAGUAUAUAUUUUCAAGAUGAAUUGGAUAAAUUAGAUGGUGAUGAAGAUUAUAUACCUGUAAGUUCCAUCAUCCCCGACGCCUCUGACUUUCCAAACAAAACUCGAAGAACAUCAGAUUUUUUAAAUUUGCUCUUGUGUCCCUUUGAUACUGAAAUUGAUUGUACUAAUGUUGAGCAGUUCCUUUCGGCAAAACUACCACUUAAAUUGCCAUGUUUUCCUGGUUUAGUUAUGGGCUAUACUGACGUAAUUGAAGACACAUUUUCAAGCUCUAUUUAUUCUUCUAGAUUAAGUUUGAUUGUUGGUGAAGUUAUGAGCGCAUCAUUUAAACAAAUUUCUGGUGGGGAGGCAAGAACUUUGGGAAAUAUUGAUGUUCAUAUUAGGAAAAUUAUUGAACUUGCCCAAGAAUAUGAAGAGAAUUGUAGUGAUUUAGAUUUGGAUCGUAACAAGACAAUUAAAUCUACAACCACUACCACAGAGCAUCCGAGAAGUCGACCAGAUAUGACAAUCUAUUAUAAGAACGUGCUUUUUAUGAUGGGUGAGGAGAAAGACCUUGAUGAUAGAUUGGAAGCUGCAGAAAGACAAUUAGAUGGAUAUUUGACUUUUGGAAUCCACUUGCCUUUGGUAGAUUGCCAUUUGUUAUGGCUUUUGUAGCAGCCGGUAUAAAAUUGCAAUUUUACUAUUAUUAUUCGAACAACAACAAUGUACCAGUACGUGUGAGAAUUGGUAACACUAUAAACCUUGGAACUACAAAUCGAAUGAAUAACUUUAAGGCACUUCAACAUACAAUCAAUGCUAUUCGGAUUAUUCGGACUUGGGAUCUCAAGCAGUAUAUACGACGUCCG